UAUGCCCCUUCCGUGCCGGCCUCAAGAUGGCCGCCUUCUGGCGUAUCGGGCGCUGUUGAAUGGCGAAAGCUUUAUUGUUCCCUUCGGGCAGGAGUGUUCGUGUCUUCUAUGGCGCUGUCAAUAAAGAACUGCAGUUUGAAUCGGUGCUGAACAGGGCUGAUCCUCACAAAGUAGACUCCAGAAGAAGAGAGUAAGAGUUUGCGGGACCAAACUGAUGCGAUGGAGCUCCCCAACUAUAGCCGGCAGCUGCUGCAGCAGCUCUACACUCUGUGCAAAGAGCAGCAGUUCUGUGACUGCACCAUUUCCAUUGGCACCAUUUACUUCAGGGCUCACAAACUAGUCCUCGCCGCUGCCAGCCUCCUGUUCAAAACCCUGCUGGACAACACAGAUACCAUCUCCAUCGAUGCCUCGGUGGUGAGCCCCGAGGAGUUUGCCCUCCUGUUAGAAAUGAUGUACACUGGCAGACUUCCUGUGGGCAAGCACAACUUCUCCAAAAUCAUCUCUUUAGCCGACAGCCUGCAGAUGUUUGAUGUAGCUGUUAGUUGUAAAAAUCUUCUCACCAGCCUUGUAAACUGCUCUGUUCAGGGUCAAGUGGUAAGAGAUGUCUCCACGCUACCCUCAGAGUCGAUCAGGAAGGAAUCAGAGAAGACUCAAGUAGAAAUCCUUUCCUUGGAAGGUGCCGGAGAGUCUCAUUCUCCGGAGGUUUCUGCCCCUCCAGGGGGCCCUGUGAAAGCUGAGACAAAGGAAGCAAUCCGUACAGUUACCCAGGAAAUGAGUGUGGAUCCUCCCCCUGCUCGGGAAGUUCAGGGGAAUGCAGACACCCCAGUGGAGACUCCUAACACAGCUGAAGUUUGUUCCCCUCCCCCUGUUGUACAAACCUUCAGUGAGGCAAAAGAGACAAGCACGGAACCAGAAUGUGAGAGAAAACACAACCAACUGAAUUUUCUUCUAGAAAAUGAAACUGUCUUCUCAGAUGCACUCAUGGUUACCCAGGAUGUUUUAAAAAGACUAGAAGUAUGUGCAGAAAUUAAAGGCCCACAAAAGGAGACCAUAAUGAAAUGUCUUGAGGCUGAAGAAGGACAUUCAGCAUUCCAGAAAAUCCUGGAUAAAGUCAGAGAUGAGAGCCUGGAUGUCCAAACGGUGGUGUCCCUCUUGAGGCUGUACCAAGAUUCUAAUCCUGCAGUAAAAACAGCACUGUUAAACAGAAAACCAGAAGGUGUAGAAACAGUGCAGCCAAAAGGGAGCACAGAGGAGGGAAAGACCUUGUCUGUUCUGUUACUAGAACACAAAGAGGACCUGAUACGGUGUGUAACACAGCUGAGACCUAUUGUGGAGUUCCUGGAAACAGCCAAGGAGGAAUUCCUGACUGGUGCUGAAAAGAGGGUGAUUCUGAAUUGCUGUGAGGGCGGAACACCCAAGGAGACGAUAGAAAAUUUGUUGCACAGAAUGACUGAAGGGAAGACCCUGACUGCUGAGAGUUUGGUAAAACUCCUCCAGGCUGUGAAGAAGACUUUCCCAAACUUGGGCCUUCUACUGGAGAAUUUGCAGAAAUUGGCCACUUUGCCAAGCACUGCAGUCCGACCAAGCCUUGAUGAUUUUGGGACUGAGCUAUUAAGACGGUAUCACGAAAACCUCUCUGAGAUUUUCCCAGACAACCAGAUGUUACUAAAGGUGGUCUCACACAUGACAAGUUUAGCCCCUGGAGAAAGAGAGGUCAUAGAGAAGCUUGUGAAACGUGACUCUGGUUCAGGUGGUUUCAGUUCCCUGAUGUCAGCAGUUCUAGAUAAGCAGGCUCUGUCCGCUACAACCAUUUGGCAACUGCUGCUGGUGGCUCAGGAGACAAAGACCUGCCCAUUGAACCUGCUGGUGGAGGAAAUACGAAGGGAGCCUGGUGCCGAUGCUUUCUUCCGGGCAGUGACCACCCCAGAAAGUGCUGCUUUAGAAAUAUGCCUGAGGCAUAGCAAAUUGAUCCUAGAGGCCAUCCAACAAAGGAUGGAGCUCAAGUGCUUUAACUCAGAGGAAGAGCACCUGGCAGAGACCGUGAAAGAGAUUCUGAGCAUUUCCUCUGAGACAGCGAGCCCUGAAGCUUCCCUGAGAGCAGCGUUGAGCAAAACCAUGGAAAAAUCAGUCUCGGCCAUUGAAAUAUGUCACCUCCUGUGCAGUGUCCACAAAUCUUUUCCAGGCCUGCAGCCCAUCAUGCAGGAGUUAGCAUAUCUCGGUUUCCUUACUAAGGAGAAUGGAGAGAAGGAAGCCUGGAAGGUGAGCAAGAAGUUUCACCUUGAAGCCAAUGACAAAGAAGACGGAAAGGCAGUUGAGCCAGCUGAAGAAGAUUGUCAGUCUAGGGAACAAAAUGAUCAAGGAGAGACGGGUUCCUUGCCAGGACAACAGGAGAAGGACACUUCUGCCUCCCCAGACUCUGCCAAGAAAAACUUUGUCUGUAAGGCCUGUGACAAAAGCUUCCAUUUCUACUGCCGCCUAAAGGUGCACAUGAAGCGCUGCCGAGUGGCCAAGAGCAAACAGGUGCAGUGUAAGGAGUGCAGCGAGACCAAGGACUCCAAGAAAGAGCUGGAGAAGCAUCAGUUGGAGGCCCAUGGUGCAGGCGGAGAACCCGACAUCCCCAAGAAGAAGAAGAAGAGGCUUCCAGUGACAUGCGACCUCUGUGGGAGGGAAUUUGCCCAUGCCUCAGGCAUGCAAUACCACAAGCUGACAGAGCACUUUGAUGAGAAACCUUUCUCCUGUGAAGAGUGUGGGGCAAAGUUUGCAGCCAAUUCCACCCUAAAGAACCACCUUCGCCUUCACACUGGGGACCGCCCGUUCAUGUGCAAGCACUGCCUCAUGACCUUUACCCAGGCCUCCGCCCUGGCCUACCAUACCAAGAAGAAGCACUCGGAGGGAAAAAUGUAUGCAUGCCAGUACUGUGACGCUGUGUUUGCUCAGUCCAUUGAGUUGUCUCGCCACGUGAGGACCCACACCGGGGACAAGCCAUAUGUGUGCAGGGACUGUGGCAAGGGCUUCCGACAGGCUAAUGGCCUCUCCAUCCACCUGCACACCUUUCACAACAUAGAAGAUCCUUAUGACUGCAAGAAAUGCAGGAUGAGUUUCCCCACUCUGCAGGAUCACCGGAAGCACAUCCACGAGGUGCACUCCAAGGAGUACCACCCCUGCCCCACAUGUGGGAAGAUCUUCAGUGCCCCUUCCAUGCUGGAGCGGCACAUGGUGACCCACGUCGGAGGGAAGCCCUUCAGCUGUGGGAUCUGCAACAAGGCCUACCAGCAAUUAUCUGGUUUGUGGUACCAUAAUCGGACCCACCACCCUGAUGUGUUUGCUGCUCAGAACCAUCGGUCUUCCAAGUUCUCCUCCUUCCAGUGCAGCUCCUGUGACAAAACCUUCCCCAACACCAUUGAGCAUAAGAAGCACAUCAAAGCGGAGCACGCAGAUAUGAAGUUCCACGAAUGUGACCAGUGUAAGGAGCUCUUCCCCACACCAGCUCUGCUGCAGGUUCACGUCAAGUGCCAGCAUUCAGGGUCCCAGCCAUUCAGGUGCUUGUACUGUGCAGCCACCUUCCGCUUCCCCGGAGCGCUGCAGCACCACGUCACCACGGAGCACUUCAAGCAGUCGGAGAGCACCUUUCCCUGCGAGCUGUGUGGGGAGCUCUUCACCUCCCAGGCCCAGCUUGACAGUCACUUGGAAUCUGAGCACCCAAAGGUGGUGGGCACAGAGACCCAGGCAGCGGCCUCACAGAUGGUGCAGGUGAUCCAAGCCUCAGAGCCAGGGGCCCCAGCAGAGCAGGUGAUCACUUUGGAGGAGACCCAGCUUGCUGGGUCACAGGUAUUUGUGACAUUGCCAGAUUCUCAGACAUCUCAGACCAGCUCUGAGCUUGUGGCGGUGACUGUAGAGGAUUUGCUGGAUGGUACUGUGACUCUGAUCUGUGGUGAGGCCAAGUGAGUGGCUGCUCUUCCGUUGGAGGAGUUCUUGCCUUCAUACCAGGGAGGAGGCUCCACAACUUGCUCUUUGUCUUCUGUCCCUGGCCAUCCUGAGUGGUGAGCAUCUUAGCUUGGCAGCAGUCAAAACCAUCUCACUUGGGAAACGUCGACACCAGCACCACCGUCCUUCAUAGCAGACAGGCCUUCUUCCCCACAGGCCUGCUGCUUUGGCCUUGCUGACACUGUCCAUCCCAAGGAAAGUACAGCUUCUGAAACAGAAAGAAUUCUGGGAUGGGAGCUGGUAACCAGCACAACCAAGGAGUGCGCGAUGUGCAGAGUGGAGCACAAACACUGCUGGUGCCUCAGGCCACUAAAAAAUGAAAGAAGCACCCACAGGGCAUCCAGGGACCUCAGCUGUGAGCACACUACACCCCUUCCUGACUCCUGUCGUCCUCCUCUCUGCUUGGAUCCCCUGCCUCCAUGGCCACAGCCAGCACCCUAGUGGUGGGAGUGGGACGGGUACCCAUGUUAACAGGGCAGAAAACCCUCAUUUCCAGGUCUAGUCCCACCUGGCCAGUAGUCAACCUUUCCCAAAACAGAGCCUGUGCAGUGUUUGUCCUGGAAGCAUUUAAUGUGAGGUAUUCAACAGCAAGGAAUAUACCUUUCCAGGACAUUCUUCGUGGUGUUGGUUACCUGAGGGCUGAUUUUUACAGCUCUGCCAUAUUAUCCUCAUCUUCUUCCUCUAACAAAGGCUAAAACUUCUGCCCAACUUGCAGGCUUGGCUUGCUCCCUCUGGAGCCGGUGAUGAAACUGCUGCAGCAUCACCAGGCAGGCAGUCCUGUCCGCACAGAGGAGCAACUGCAAUCACCCUUGCCUUCAUCUCUGCCACUGGUUUCCAGGCCAUGAGAGUGGCCUGUUGGCUAAGCCCCCCAGGCUGCCACACUUACUGCAGGACAGGACUGCUUUUAGAGUCUGAAUUUCACAAAGCUUUUUUAUCUUUAGUUCCUAAAAUAUAAUCUGAUAAUUAAUGGUUUGUGGAAUCCAUUAUGAAGUGCAAUUAGGUGGAUAUGGGUUCCUGCCGUUUGGAGAGAAUGACUAGCAUUUAUCUUCUUUCCCUUUGAUGCCAAAAGGUUGAAAUUUGCCGGUGCAGUGUUUACACACCAGGCAGGGCUCCCUGCCACAUUGUGUGGCUUGACCCCUUGCAGAGGGAAGGCCCGAUUUGAUCGCUUACCCUCCAGCCGCACUAGCGGAGAUAGGCUCACCCCUUCUUUCCAAGCACACCACAUAAUGCCAUGUACAGAGGCAGGGGAUCAAAUUCAGUUAUGGUUGGAGCUUUCAUUGCUGCCACACACUCAGGUCAUUCACUGCUAGAAGAGCAGCAGAACCUGAACGCUGACCAGCGUGUUCUCUGGCCGCCAUCGGCCUGGCUUUGUGCAGGCAGCCUGAUGGUGUCCACAGCGAGGUCUAGCUGCCUCUGCCUGCAGUCCUGUUCUCUUGUUGAUAUGCAGAUCGCUUGAGCUUGACAAGUCAGAGCUCUUCUCACCCUGAACAAAAUGAAAUUUUUAAAGGAGAGUCAGCCACAGAAGCCAAAAGCUGACCAGAAGAUGGUGCUCAAACCUUUAAGACUUUGCCUCCAUGUGAAGGCCUCACUGUUUCUAUCAAGGCCGUCCCUGUCUUCUUAAUGUUUUUCAGGCCUGGGAGCUGUCAGACCAGGCGAGCUCUUGAUCUGCAAGUGAAAAAAUGGCACUGACUCUGCCUGUGGCACCAGAUAAAAUCCACUGAAAGGCAGUGGGUGGCACGUGUCCCAGGUGUAGGUGCCAGGCUCAGUGGCUGAGGGCAAAGCUCCUCACGAGCCAUGGGUGGUGCCUGGAACUGCAGUGUCAGUGAAACUUCUUGCAGCCAAAACAUAUAAAAUCAAUUGCUGAGGGCUUGUAGAAGAAAGUGAUUUAAGAAAAAAAAUGUUUCUGAAGAAAGAUGGCUGUAAGUUGAUCUCUGUGUCAGAGAGCUAGAGUGAUGGGUGUCAGUCCUUUCAAGCCCUGCAAAAUCCUUUCUCAGGUUUGUGAUAGGGACCCAGAUCAUGGCAGGACACUUGUUUCUUCAGAAUCAUCAGACUUGCAGCUUGCCACGCUGAGAGCAAUCAGGGAAGUCAUACUUGCUGCCAGGACCCCCAGAUGGCCUCCCACCCAGGGCACACUCGCUAGGAGGAGGCACACACCCGGUGCCAGUUCUAGUCAAGAAGGAGCGGAAGGCCCAUCCUGAAUUAAGUGUUUGCUCUGAGAUGGCCCCUGCCUUGGCUGGCUGGGAUUCUACCCUGUUACUCCCGAGAGCAGCCCAAGCAUGGAUUUUAUUGGGAAAAGUUUUCCCAGUUCAAUUUUGCCAUUUCCACUUAUACCCAAGAGACCUUCUGAAUUGCUGCCACAGGACGCUGUUAAUGUGGUCUUAGUCCCUACCACUUGUUUCGUUAUGGCGCUGGUGUUCUGUUUGCCUCACGCCCAUGCCCUCGUGGCCUCUGGGCUGAACUUGGGCCAUUAGUGGUAUGGGAGAGUCUGCAGGCUUCCUGGAACACAUGGAUUUGUUCAGUGGAUCCCCAGACCUUUUCUGCUUCCAGAGCUCCUGCUCUGGCUGGUAAGGAGGGAGAGGCAGUCAGAUUUCAAACUGGCGUCUAACUCUGUGGGAAUAUGGGUCUCGGGUAAGGAAUAGAAUUUGCCCGUUAGUGGUAAGUGAGACAGCAAGUAGAUGAUUCAAGAGCAGGGGCUACUACGGGGAGAUGAGACUCUCACUGUCCAAGGACAUGAGCAGAACCUGGACCCAGGGGACAGAGGCAGAGGUCAUUACUCAUUUAUUUUAGAAAGCCUGUCUCUUCUGUCAUAGAAGCUCUGUCUGGAAAACUUUGAGCCAACGAGUACCAGGGUCUACAGUGUGAAUAUCAGGUGCCCUGGGUGAUUCAGGUCCUCUCUGAAGAGGAAGUUUUAUGACUUGCCAGUGUCCACAGGAGGCACAUCACCUCAUCCCUCAGGCGAGAGUUCUGAUGAUCAGAGGCAGAGGGACAAGAGGAGGUCCAGUCAGACAGUGAAUGGGGAGACAAAUCUCUGUUUUCUAUUUGCAGCCUCAAUCAGGUGGAGCUCCCAGAAUCAAGAGGAAGAUAAGAGGGGCCCUGGGUUCCUCUCUCCCCAGGGGCUGUUAAUGACCCUGCGGUCACCACAGUUUGGUGACAUCCUCCUGGGUAUCUGAGGGUGUGCUUGAGACCUGUGAAUAGACUGAGGGGAUGAAAGUACUGUACACAGAGGGGUCAGGUGGUUCCGGAGGGACGUGCAGCAUUCCUAUUAGACGGGGCUAGCAGUUGCACGGUGGUGGAGAAGAUGCUGGGAGGCUUUCACCAGUCCUCCCAGAGGAAGAAGUCAGCACCCCCUGCCCUGUUCUGCGUGGCCCCGUGUAUCCCAGGGAUACUUGGGAGGUAGGAAGAAAAGGGGAGCAAAAGAAAGAUUUGGGAUGAAGGGAGUGUCAGAGGCAAGUUGAUCAUUGUUUUGUUGCCGUGGAAACCUUGGGAUGGAAGGACAUAGGCCAAAAGCUUGGAAGCCCAGAUGAAACUCAGAAACUUGGUGCUGCCAUUGGGCCUGUAAGGGAAGCACUGGCUGUACUUUGGAGAGUACAUCAUUGAGGAAAAAAAAUCAUUCCCUGAGCUAAAUUUAGAUGAUUUCCAAAUGGUGGACAUGUUCGUUGUCUCUUCCCAAGGCUAAUCUCCCCCGCUUCCACCUGUGGUCAGGACAACCACGUGAUGUUGUACGUAGUAUAAAUGUGAUUACGAACCAUAUUCAUGUCUGACCUCCACUC